AUGAAGCCGGCGCGGCUGCUGCUGCUGCUGAGCGGGUACGCGCUGCUGCUGGCGCCGGCCGUGCGCGGCUGCGGGCCGGGCAGGGUGGUGGGCAGCCGCCGCCGGCCGCCCCGCAAGCUCAUCCCGCUCGCAUACAAGCAGUUCAGCCCCAACGUCCCCGAGAAGACGCUGGGGGCCAGCGGCCGCUACGAGGGCAAGAUCGCGCGCAACUCGGAGCGCUUCAAGGAGCUAACGCCCAACUACAACCCCGACAUCAUCUUCAAGGACGAGGAGAACACCGGCGCAGACCGGCUCAUGACCCAGCGCUGCAAGGACCGCUUGAACUCCCUGGCCAUCUCUGUCAUGAAUCAGUGGCCAGGGGUGAAGCUGCGGGUGACGGAGGGCUGGGACGAGGAUGGGCACCACUCGGAGGAGUCACUGCAUUACGAGGGCCGAGCCGUCGACAUCACGACCUCAGACCGGGAUCGUAACAAGUACGGCAUGCUGGCUCGCCUGGCCGUGGAGGCUGGCUUCGACUGGGUCUACUACGAGUCCAAGGCACACAUCCACUGCUCCGUCAAGUCAGAGCACUCGGCUGCUGCGAAGACGGGUGGCUGCUUCCCUGGGUGGGCGCUGGCAACGCUGGAGGAUGGUGCACGGACACCGCUGUGGGCCCUACGCCCAGGCCAGCGGGUGCUGGCGAUGGAUGAGGCAGGCAGGCCCACCUACAGCGACUUCCUGGCUUUCCUGGACAAGGAGCCGCGUGCCCUCACUGCCUUCCAUGUCAUCGAGACGCGGGAUCCACCGCGACGCCUGGUGCUGACACCCACCCACCUGCUCUUUGUGGCUCAGAACUCCUCAGCGCCUGCCACUCGCUUCCACCCCACCUUUGCCAGCCACGUGCGCCCCGGACACUUUGUGCUGGUGGUGGCGGGGGGCAGUGGUUUGCAGCCUGCCGAGGUGGUGGCGGUGCGGGACCACAGGGAUGUGGGGGCCUAUGCCCCGCUGACACGCCAUGGGACGUUGGUGGUGGACGGUGUGGUGGCCUCGUGUUUCGCCCUGGUGCAGGAGCAACAUCUGGCACAGCUGGCUUUCUGGCCACUUCGGCUCUACCACAGCCUGGUGGGGUGGCCAGGGGUACAGGGGGAUGGUGUGCACUGGUACUCGGGGCUGCUCUACCAACUGGGAAAGCUGCUCCUGCCCCCUGACAGCUUCCACCCGCUGGGGGUACCCCAGAUGGAGAGCUGA